GUCUCAUCAUUAUGUAUUUCUUGCUUUAAACAUAUAUAUAAACUUCAUCAAAACUCUAAAUUAUUGAGCAACUCUCUCUCUGAUUUUUGUAGCUCAUCCAAGGCACCUUUGGCUGUGUACAAGGAUACUACAACAGCGGAUCAAACAGAGUCGGACAAGUCAAAAUUAGAGUUUGGUUCUUGGCUUAUGCUUGGAGGCAGAGCAGAGAGGAACAAAGAAAACAAUGCCUUACCUGGAAAAUGGGCAGCAUUCAAGGUUCCUCAGAAACCCAUUGUGAGAACUGCUGCUUCCUCUUUUAAGGUUUUUGUCGACGAAGAAGAAUGUAUAGAUGAGGGAUUAGAGAAAAGGAAGAAGAUUGAAACCAUCUCACCAUCAUCAUCAAACGUUUUGCCACUUAAUGAUGGCCGUGAGAUAAAGAAAGAAACAGAGCUGCUGCGACAGAACCCUUUAAGACACUUCUCUCGCAACAGCUUCCUACGAUGAUUUACGAAAAUAAUCAUCAUAGACAACAAUGUUCUGAAAUUUGAUAUUUGACAUUUGAGCUUUUGUCUAUAAAGUUCCUUAUGUUUUCUGCCUGUUUGGGUUUGUGUUUUUUAUGUACUGAGAUUUAUUAUGUACCAUAAAGUCCAUAAUGAAUGAGUAUUUCAUGUUUCUUGAAACUUAUGUGUUCUGUAAUUGAUUCCAGUUAUUUUUUAACCAUGUGUACACUGACUGGUUGGUUCAUAAAUUCACAAUAUUUUGUAUAUUUUGGAGCUCGUGACUUUUGGGGCCGAGAUGAAACCUUGGUUCAUAAAUUCAUAAAUUCACAAUAUUCUGGGAUGAGAAGGUAUUGUAUCCACAAAUGUAAAUUGGAACGAGACAUAGUAGAUUAGCAUGGCCCAUGCGCAAGGAUGAUACACACUAUUUGAAAAAUGGUUCAAAAAUAGACCAAUUCUCGAUUUAAAAUAAAAAUAAAAAAAUCAAAACAAAUGGUGAAAAAAUAUAACCAAAUAUAACAAAAAAAAUUAAAAAAAAAUGAAAAACAUUACGGUACAUUGGAUAAAACA